AAAGGCUUUUCACUUCCGGGGGAAGCCGGAGAGGCGGGCACCUGGGGGGUGGGAGGCUCGUGCGCCCCUUCCUGGUCUGAAGGCCUUGGGCAGCGUCAAGCAGGCAUGAAGAUCACUAGGCAGAAACACGCCAAGAAGCACCUCGGCUUCUUCCGCAACAACUUCGGUGUCCGCGAACCCUAUCAGAUCCUGCUGGACGGCACGUUCUGCCAGGCGGCGCUGCGGGGCCGCAUCCAGCUGCGGGAGCAGCUGCCCCGCUACCUCAUGGGGGAGACGCAGCUGUGCACCACGAGGUGUGUCUUAAAAGAAUUAGAAACAUUGGGAAAGGACUUAUAUGGAGCAAAACUGAUUGCUCAAAAAUGCCAGGUUCGAAAUUGUCCCCAUUUCAAGAGUGCAGUGAGUGGAUCUGAGUGUCUGCUGUCCAUGGUGGAAGAGGGGAAUCCUCAUCACUAUUUUGUGGCAACACAGGAUCAGAAUUUGUCUGUGAAAGUAAAGAAAAGACCUGGAAUUCCUCUCAUGUUCAUUAUUCAGAACACUAUAGUUUUGGACAAACCUUCUCCCAAAACAAUCACCUUUGUUAAAUCAGUAGAGUCAGGCCAGCUUGUCUCAGUGCAUGAGAAACAAAGUAUCAAACAGCUCAAAGAAGAACAUGGUUUAGGGAAAAACCCUGACCGGAGAAGAAGAAAAAAGAAGAAAGUAAGUGGCCCCAAUCCACUCAGUUGCUUGAAGAAAAAGAAGAAAACACAGGACGAAAAGUCACCUGCUUCGGAAAAGAAGAGGAAAAGGAAAAGAAUCCGGAACAGAUCUACCUCAGAAGCCCUUUCUGAGAAGCAGCCUGCAGAAGGGCAGUGAGUGUCUGAGUACUCUGGAAGACACUUAUGUGAAAAGCAGAUUUCCUUCUAAACUGUUAAAGUGUUUAUAACAAAAGACUAAACUUAGGUUUCCAAAUUAAUAUUGACACAUACUUUUGCCUAAAGUUAAAGAGUGUUCAGGUUUAUUUACCAGAGUUCAUCAUCAAUUGUUUGGAGAGGUGCUUUUUCAUUUUAAAGUUACUAUCUCGUUUCUCCCUUCUCCUGACUCCCAAGUGUUAUAUCUGUGUGUGGUGUAUGCAUUUGUGUGUGUGUGUGUGUGUGCGCGCGCACGGGUGCAUGCACACAUGCAUAAAGAAGCCAGAGGUCAACAUCAGGUGUCUUCCUAUUUUUGAGACAGUGUCUCCCAUUGAACCUGUAACUUCCUGGUUCAGGAGGCUGGCUGGCCAGUAAGCCCCAUAGAUUCACCUGUCUCUCCUCCCUAGUGCUGGGAUUACUGGGGUGUAUUGCUGCACUUGGGUUUUUACAAGCAUGCCAGGGAUCUGACCUCAGGUCCUCAUGUUAGUGACUGACCCAUCUCCUCAGCACCAUAUGUAUAAAAUCAUUUCUUAGACCUGCAAAAUGGCUUAGUAGGUAAAGGCACUUACUACCAAGUGUGUACUAAGUGUAAAUUUAAUCCCUGAGACCCAUAUGAUGGAUGGAGAAAACUGGCUCCUGAAACUUGUCCUUCGAUGUGUCCAUAGGUACACAGUGACAGGCAUGUCUGUGUGUCCUCUCCCCCAUGAAUGUAAUUUAAAAAAUAGUCCUAGUGGACAAGAGAAGGUAAGCCUCCAGUUAAUAUAUACUAAUAAUUAAACAGUUCUGCAAAGCUUGCGACAAAAAGGCAGUACCUUAGACAUUUAGAGAAACUGUCCUCUUUCAACUGUUAAAAUUUAUGUGUCCAAAUUGCACAAUAUAAUGCUGCUCUUUGCUCUUAGUGGAAUAGAAAUUGUGUUUAUACAUCUCUCAUUUUUCUAAUACAUAAAUGUUUUAAUGUUUA